GAACUCUGAAUCCUCCUCAACAUCAGGUCGUGCUUCUUCACCAUCGUGCCUUCUGUCAGAAUUCGGAAUCUCAUCUCUGGGUCGCUCCUUCCGUGUCUGCAUCCCGACCAUGGCUCCUUCCUCCCGAAACAGUCACCGAGUCUCCAAACGACAGACACUCCAAAACUACACAAAAAUCUCCAAGUCGACGAGAUCAAAGACCCAACUUGAAGCGGUUGUGAAAGAGGUGUCUCUCGGCCAGGUCGUCAGUCAGAAGAAGGUGGUCAAGAGCUCGUCCAAGCGGAAGCGUGAAUUUGACGAGAGCGACACCGAGGCCGACAGUCUUCCUCGCGUUGCGGCCACCACAACCAAAAAGACAAAGCUCCAGCUCGCAACGCCGCCCGAGUCUGAGCGGGAAGACUCUAUCGAUGUCGACCCCUGCAUUGACUUUUGUCAACUCUCGCUCAACCCCCGAUGUGCCGCUCGACAGCAUGGGAAUGACGAUCUUCCACCGGUCCUGCGUGACUUUGUCUCGAUGCACGAUGCUUUUCUCCGAGCCUUUUCAUUGCAUCGCGUCCACAACGGCCGAUCCGCCCCGGCAGACCUCGGCAGCUUGUUGACCUCGGUCACCAGAUUAUGGAAGAAACGGGCGGUCACUCAAGACGACAUCCAACGCAUGCUCGCGAUAUAUGAGCUCGACGCUUCCAGCGACGUCAUCUCAGGGCAGCUGCUGAGACAUCAAGACAGCCCAUUCAGAUUAAACUUGAACGGCAGCGACGUCCUUCGGUACAGCGUCGAAUACGUCCAACCGAACCAAGAAUACGACGAGAAGAAUCUGCAACAGUCUUACGAGGUCGAGAUCGAGGCCGUGGCGAUUUCUCAACGCCAGAAUUUGAGUGGGUUGUUGUCCAAAGACGGCCACGCCUUGCCCCGACUCGAGUUCUCCGUGGGCCUGCAGACACAGGCGCGCAAGGCGAAAGCUUCUGCGGCGCGGAGGGAAAUCCUCGGGCUUUCUACACAGGCUCAAAAUCGACCCGGCUCUCAAUUCUCGUCGCACGCGAGCUCCUCCAGCGGUGGAAACGAUCUGCAAACUCCCCAGGUCGUCAAAGAUCGGACCUUGUCCUUGUUGGAUCGCGUUCGAGCCAAGGCACUCGCCAAUUCGUCAGCCGCUCCCCCGAGUCCCGAAGCCAUUCUACGCCGUCGAGCCAUUGGCAGGAUCGGCGAGGUGGUCGACAUUCUCCGACUGAAACAACAACAAAAGCUCGGGUCUCGUUUCGAUUCUUCGGUGCAUUCAAGCCCGGGCAAAGUACGUGGCAAGGUCUCUUUUAGCCUCAAGCAACUCGUCGGUGACAUCAAAGGGAGCAUGGCGAUCCCCAUGGCGGAUUCGGAGGUUCGGAAAUGCUUCGAAGUGCUGGCUCAAGAGUUGCCGGGUAUGUGGUUGUCCAUCCACACGGUGGGCAUCCUCCAGAGUGUUGUUUUGAACGGACCCGGUCCCAGUGGGACCGAGGCCAAGAGGGUUUUGGAGGAGAAGGAGAAAGCAGGACGGUGAGGUUGGAAGGUUUUUCUUAGCAUGGCGAAGUGAUAGUGGGAGUUUCUGUGAGUCUGGCGUUUGAGAUUAGAUUCAAGGGACAUCUACUGUACAAAAAAAGAAGCACUACACUGGUGUUUGGUUUGUUGGGUUUAUACCGUCGUUUGAGUACGAUCACUGUGAGGCCAGUCCAAAUGUUCAUCAAAAGAUGUGUGAAGUAGACACAAAAACUUGAAGUCCUCAGCUUUCCACAAUUAAUUAUUAUCUGAAUCA